AGGAUAGAGACAAUUUAUUAUUUGGCCGAUCAUUUUACUGCGAUGAUCAAAUUAAAUUAAUUCGAUUUCAUAAUUUUCAUUGGACUAAUUUAUUUGCCUGAAACUUGCAGCCAACAGUGGGUCAGACAACUGUCAAUCACUCUCGAGAUAUGGAUUGAUCAAAAUUGUUCUAACAAUAUAGUACUAGUGAUAUGAGUUAUUAAGGCUAGUAGUCAUGGUAAUUUGUUUGAGCAGUACAUUUUCUUGCCCACUCCUGACUGCUUUUUAUUACUCCAUGUUGGUGGGUUUGCCUUCAAUAUAUCCCUUUUGCCAUAAAUACCAAAUGAAUACAGUACCAUUACAUUGCAAAAAUAGAAAAAAAAACAAUACUCAGAUUAAAAUUUUAAGUACAAAAACAGAUUGCUGUCUAACCAACUCCAACCACACCACAAAUCUCUUCACUUCCAACAAAUUCUCUCUCUCUCUCUCUCUCUCUCUCUCAUUGAUGGCGGUCAUCAAAGCUCCGAAGAAGGAGACUUCUUGCAACGGCUCCAAACAGAAAAAGAGACAGCCGCCGCCGCCGCAAUCCAAACAGCCUUCUUCAUGGGAUCAAAUCAAAAACCUAGUAACUUGCAAACAAAUGGAAAAUGCCAAAAUCCAUCACCCCUGCGCCAGGAUUUGCACCUUCAUGGACGUCGCCGCCGCCGAUAAGUCGCCGGAGAAAGUCAAGAGAAGCAGCUGCGGCCCCCCUCACGGCGGUGCCAUGCAGCUGAGGAAACUGUCGGGCUGCUACGAGUGUCGCGCCAUGGUCGAUCUCCCGUUGCCGAGAGCCAACGUGUUCCCAUGCUCUCAGUGUGGAGAGAUUUUCCCCAAAAUUGAAAGCUUGGAGCUUCAUCAAGCUGUUAGGCAUGCAGUGUCUGAGCUGAGUCCAGACGACUCGAGCCGCAACAUAGUGGAAAUAAUAUUCAAAUCCAGCUGGCUCAAAAUGGAAAAUCCAAUAUGCAAGAUCGAAAGGAUAUUAAAGGUCCACAACACCCAUCGCACCAUCCAACGGUUCGAGGGCUACCGUGACUCAAUCAAGCUACGCGCCAAGCGGAGCGCAAGGUGCGCCGCCGAUGGGAAUGAGCUGCUGAGGUUCCACGCCGCCACCAUCACGUGCGCACUCGGCGCACGCGGCUCCUCGAGCUUGUGUGGCUCCGCGCCAGCUUGUGGCAUCUGCGCAAUCAUUCGACACGGGUUCAGAUGCAACAAGACUAUAGGUGUCUGCACGACCGCCAGCAGCGGUCGUGCCGACGACUGCCUCGCUGUGGGCGGUGGUGGCCCCCGCAGAGCCAUGCUGGUGUGCCGCGUGAUUGCAGGGAGGGUGAAGCCGCGCGUUGAGGAUGACGCGCCGGCUGGCUCCUAUGAUUCUUUAGCCGCCUCAAAUACGGCUUAUCCGAAUAUGGAGGAAUUGUAUGUGUUUAGUUCAAGGGCAAUUUUACCUUGUUUUGUGGUAAUUUACAAUUUACAAAACGCUUGAGUAAUUAAUAGCCAUAUUUUACACCUUCUAUUUAAUUUAUGUUCAAUA